AUGCAGACACGCAGGAAGAGCCUGAACUUGGUAAGAGCGCGAUCGCAUACCUCCCGACUGAUGCUUUCAUGCUAACUCGACUCCUCAGGCCGACCUUGGCGUCGUCGCGCCCAAAAGAGCCCAUCCAUCACCGCCAGCCACCGUCAUCGAGGGCGACGAGCAGCCCUCGGCGAAACGAGCGAAACGAUCGCAUGCAAAUUCGCAAUCGCCACCCCCUGGCCUCAUGAGCCCACCUCAAACCACGACCAUUCGCGUCAAGGACGCGAGGCCGAAGCCUGCGACGACCCUCUCCCCUCCACCUUCGCCGGUGGCCGAGGGCAGCAGCAGCAGCAAGAUUGAUACGGAAGGAAUCAGCGAUGACAUUGUCGUCGCGACCAUACAACAAAUCGAGAAGACUGGAAAUAGACCGCAUUUGGUUAAGGAGUUGGCCGCGAUCCUUGCGACGAAGCUACACGCCAUUGAGAAGUACGACGAACACGUCUAUGCUAUGGAGAACGGGAGCAUUGCUAACUUGCUUGAUAGAUCCGCAAACCCGUGUGCGCUGAUAUCUUCGCGACUGACGGCCUACCUGCAACGGCCCUGGCCCGCCAUCAGCCCUUGUCCGCUGGCCAAGGAUAUUGCUCCGGUACAUCCCCGUCGCCUGUACUUUUACCUUACCACCACACCGCGCCAGCCUAUUCCAGAGGUCACAGAGCCCCUUCCCAAAGCAAACCGAAUCAUCUCUCCGUCCCUUUCAUCCGCGGCUGAUGAAGAGGAUCGUUAUCUCAGACAACGACAGGCCCUGUCACCAUCACCCGAAGUCGACUUAUCCUCACCUGAGCUCGAAGAAGAUCACGGGGAUGCUCCGCCAACGCCCGGCGGUUCUUAUUCGGCCCGGAACUCUAUGCCUCGAGACCGGUCGAGCAGCUACACCCACCCCCGAAGAGCCGCAAGUCCACCUCUGGAGAACGAGGAGCGCGACUUCAAGCAGACGGCCAAUGCGCUGUAUGAGCAGGCAAAGGCACGUCGCAACAGCCAAGAAAGCCAACAGGAUGUCAACAUGGAACACGAUGCAUUGAGUGGCGCCGACCAGGACGCGCGUAGUGUGACCAUGUCGAUUGAAGCCGAGGAGACGGAAGAGAGCCUGGCCCUGAAGAACAGCGAAGCAGCCGCAGCGCUCUUCGGAGCGUCCAAGAUGCUGGCGGCGCAACACAUGGAGCUCAGCAGUCCGGUACUCGAGCCCCAGAACGGCCUCAGAGUUGACACGACUCGUGGCGCUGAAGCCGACCAUCCGGACCGACUGGACAAAGAUGAAGGCCAGUACAAUUUGCCAGAGGCGGCUUUCGCAUGGGAACACCUACAAAGCCCGGAGGAUAUCGAGCUCGAGGAGCUGGACGACAUGCUUGACGCGUACUAG